AUGGCUCCACCGAAGCCUAAGGUGGCCAAGGCCCCUGCGGCUCCUGCAGGCGGAGUCAAAAAAGCUAAAGCUGGAAGACCGAGGAAUUAUGAUUUAAGCAAUGGAGUACUACGUUUCUCCAAAACUAAAAUGUUUCAUAAAAAGGCCAAGUACAAGUUCUUUGGUAAGAAGAAUCCAAAGGCAGAAAAGCCCAAGAAGUCCACAGUUGUGGUAAAGCAAAUUGGUGGGGAGAAGAAUGGAGGCAGGCAAGCAGGCAAGCGUGUUGUGCUUGUUGGAGUGCUGCUAAGUGGUCUGCUGCUUGUAACAGGACCUUUUGCUUUCAAGUCAUGUCCUUUUAGCCGCAUUUCCCAACGUUAUGUUAUCAGCACAUCGACCAAGGUGGACCUCGGUGACUUCAAGCUGCCUAAGCACUUGAAUGAUGAAUACUUUAAGAAGAACAAGAAAAGUACCAAGCGCACCGUCAAACGCAAACAGGGCGAGGACAUUUUUGCCAGCAAAAAAGAGAAAUAA